UUGAUGAUAAUACAACACACAGCCAGCAUGCUGCGGCAAAUCCAACGAUCGCAUACGGUGUUUACAUGUGUACGUGUGGCUAGCAGCCCAGCAUAGCAGCCAGGCGCCAGAUUUCGUGUAGCGCCAGUGCAGCAUACACACAAUAAUACAUGGUGCCGGGUAUUUGUUGUUGAGCAGAGCCAAAUUGUACGCAGAUAUGGCAACGUGAAGCUUGAAGAAGAUGGACGAAAGACGACCUUCUGCCCGAUAUGGCCUAAAUAAGGGAUAUUUCAAUCUUGACAACUCGGAUAAUAACGGAUAUAUUGCCGGCACAGCAUCACCAAUGGAGAGAAGGAAUUACAAUCCAUACCUAGCUUGGUUUGGGCUUAAAAACAUGAAAAAUAUCGGUGCGGAAAGCCGGUCAGCUUUAGCAGCUGGAGUUGCGGGGGUCGCAGUGCUCCUGUACAUUUUACAAGACUCGUUCGUCACUGCAUUGCAUAUUUUAUGUGGACUUUUUGCCCCAAUGUUCAGCGUUAUCUGCGCAUUUUACUGGCUUGCUAUCUAUCUACGGAAAUCUUGGACGGGGAACAAUGUCUACGUUUUCUUCAUGGCCUGCUAUGUCGGGGAAAUUUUCGGCCAAGUCUGCUUCGGGGCAUGGAACUUGUUCAGCCCCUGGCUUGUGGCGAGUGUUCUCGCCUCAGCCUCCCUGGUUAGCAUGACAUCCACCCUCUCAACCCCUCAAAGUGCGCUAGUUAUAAGCUUUUUGAGUUUCAUGAGGUUCCUGAACGGAUCAACCCUUCAUGGUCUACCUAUGUGGAUGAGGCCCUAUUUCGCUUAUUUCUGUGGAAUUGUAGGGUGUGUUUUGUCGAAGUAUACCGAGGCCCAUCUAUUUCGGCACAGCUCCAUCGUGGCACAGUUCGCAAACGACGGCAAAAUUCCAGUCCUGCGGCGCAGGCGCACCUCGUCACAGAGCUCCGUAGCAAGUCACAGCCAUAAAACUCGUCGGACUUCUUUGCCAGCGCUGAUUCAAAGACCGCAGGUAAAUUAAUCCGAAAUAAUUAAUUACUAUCUCUGACAGGGUCCUUUUAUUGGUGUGUUAUAAAACGUAGGGUUUCUUAUUAAAGGUCAUCUCAUUGUGAGCUGGCUAUUAACAUUGUCCUGUUAAUUUGGUUUUGAAGCGAAUGAAGGGAUGACUCAAAAGUUAAUGUGCAUACAAAUAAAUGAUGCUGCAAAUGAGAUGACGAGACAAGGGAGCUGGGAGUGAAGUGAGAUGAAGAUAUACUGUGUACUUUCUGUGUGAGGUGCAUAUAAUGUUUAAUCUUGAUGCUAUUUUGUCUUCUUCUGUAUUUCUUUUUAUUUGAUGCAAUCAUUUUAAUAUACAAAGUG